GGAGGCGCAGUCGCUGCGACCGGCAGUCGCAACAGAGACUAAAAUCGUUGAUUCCGACUGCCCCUUGUGUCAAUGUCCACCUGAGCACACGUGCCAACAUGUCUCAUAGCGAUCUAGCUGUAGCAUUGACCGAGUUUCGGCAGAUUCUCUCAUCAGAUCAAACCGCGCAACUCGAUUCGCUCCAAGGCUAUACACCAACAGCUGAUGACGUUAUUCAUCUCACGAACGAUAUUGUGAAAGAAAACUCGACUCGAAAAAGCCGUGUUUUUGCCUCUCGAGUCCAAGGACUCCUAUCUUCUGUCCAGCAGUAUUGUACAAUCGUCGACACGUAUGCAGGGCCUAACCAGAUAGCGUCACUAGUCUGGGGUAGCAUCAAGCUCGCUCUUUUGGUUUCAUCGAAUUAUGCCGAAUACUUCGACAAGCUCUCAGAGCGUGUUGCUCAGCUCAGUAACUACUGUCCUCGAUUAUCUGAAUAUGAGAAGCUUUUCCCGCAAGCCCUAAGACUCCAACAAGCACUUUCGGAUUUCUAUGCUAUUGUGGUUGUCUUCUGCUCCAAGGCACUAAAGGGAGCGCAAGAGAAAGGCAUCAAUAGGUUCUUGAAGUCCAUAUGGAAGUCGUUCAAAAUAGAAUUCAAAGACAUAGAGGAAAAUCUUAGUCUAGCCAAAGAUGAAAUUACGGAAGAACUACAACUUGCAUCUGAGCAGGCAGCACACGGCUUUCGUCGCUUGUUAACAGCUGAAAUUGAGGACAACAGAACGGCCCGAUUAAAACAAGUAGCUGAAAUGCACAAAAUGGAAGACUUUCGAGAACAGCAGACGCUUGCGCUACAUCAAAACCGAGCUCGGCAGGUUCAGAAAAUUCUGAAAGAAGACGAGCGGCAGAAAAUCCGGCUAUUAAGGCGAAUCCCGAAUCAUGACUACGCCAUUAGUCUCCGCCAGGCGCAAGCACUACGUUGCGAAGGAACCUGCCAUUGGAUCCUUGGUAGACCAGAAUUCCGAGGUUGGAUUGAUCAGACAGAUUCAAAGCAUCUUUGGUGCUAUGGGAUCCCUGGGUGUGGCAAAACUAUACUCAUGGGUUACAUAAUAAGUCAUCUACAAACGAUAUUCGCAGCUAGGGAUGACACAGUUAUCAUCUACUACUUUUUUGACUCUUUCGACAAGACGACAUUGCUUACACUCACAUUCCUGAGAUGCAUUUUACAUCAGGUAAUUAGGCUUGAGACUCUUCUCCCCUACUCACAAAGACGUCUUGAAUCGCUUUUCAUGGACCGGAUUGACCAGGCGGAGCCGGACUCGAGCGAACUUAUAGAACUCUUUCUAUACUUUUUCGGCUGUUUCAAGAAUGCUUUCCUUCUCAUCGAUGGGCUUGACGAAGCGGAUAAAAGCCAUCAAAGGAAUGUUAUAGCUUUCCUCAAGGCCACCCAAAAGCUCAGUAGUGCUCGAAUACUUGCCACAAAUCACCCAGACUUGGACAUGUCAAAGGUCCUUCACCCAAGCCAAAUACUUCAAAUCAAUCCAGAAGAUGUCAAAGGCGACAUUGAAGUCUUUGUUCAAAGCAAGAUUGACGAGCAUGUGCAGGAUGGGCUCUCAGUGUGCUCGAAUUCUCUACUCGAUACAGUUAAACACGCGCUACUCUCUGGGGCCCAAGAAAUGUUUCUCUGGGUAGACAUGCAAUUUAAAGCUAUCCUUGACGUUUGUGAGGAAGAUGGGACUCCAGAUAGAAUACCUGAUCUUUUCGCGAACCCUCCGCAGAAAGUGACGGAACUCUACCGCUUCGCAUUGCUCAAGCUCUCUAAAGAUGAUACUAAGCUAGCUGAAAUAGCGAAGAAGAUAUUUCAGUGGGCUAUUUGGGGGGAACGGCCGUUAACCAUCGGAGAACUUGAAGAAGCAGUCUCCAUAACGGCGGACCAGGCGUCCUGGGCAAGCCCUUCUAUUAAACUGGAUCCAUCGAAGCUAUGCAGGAUAUGUGGUAACCUCGUCAAAUACGAUAAGGUCAACGACAGAGUCUUAUUGGCUCACCACUCUGUUCUAUCCUUUUUAUUAAGCUGUUCCGACAUACCGGGAAUUACCAGCUUUGUUUUCGAAGAACAUAGAGCAGAGCCGUAUCUGACAAAUAUUUGCCUACAAUAUUUGUCAUUUACGGACUUUCACCAAGCAGUAACACGGACUUCAAACACAACAAAUGUACGCGCUCUGAAUCAGCCUUCUAGGCUAGUUUCAAGCGUUCUUCCGACAUCCAUCCGACCUUUAGCGUUGCUCGACGGAAGAAGCAGCCUAGUAAGAAGAGCUAGGCAAAUUGACGUGGUUGACCUUCUAAGAUUUCAAUUGAGCGCACAGCAAUCCUCAAGAAUAGCUCCUUCCUUCCAACUUUUCGAUUACUGCAAGGCGUACUGGCACAGCCAUUGCCAUUACGUGGAGCGGCAAGACGUGAAAGGUUUUGCAAGAUUGGAAGAUUUUGUCCGUGGAACUCAUCUACCGCCAGAAUGGAAACCGUGGAGCUUGAUUCCAGACAGUAAAUCGUUACCUCACUGGAAUAUAUUCCUUUGGGCAAUUAGAGAGGGUCAUACUAGUAUUUUUUAUGUUUGGCAGAACAUUAUCAGGACAGAAGAGGACCGCUACUGGGACCAUCUUUGGAUGGGGGAAGGAAGGAGUAUAUUCGCUUUAGCGUGUGAAACAUCUAGCCUGGAGCAGCUUGAGAUAAUAUUGGGUGCUAAGAGAGGGAAAAAGCACCUAGUAAGGCCGUCUAUUGACGAGAGUAUUCAAGAACUAGUGAGGGCAUGUUCUUUGGGGCACCUCGCCGUUAUGGAGCGACUACUCCAAGAGAUUGCGGACGUUAAUGCAGUAGCAGAAACAGAAUAUGGUGGAAGGACAGCUCUUCAAGCAGCAGCAGGAGAAGGCCACCUGGCUAUUGUCGAGCGGCUGCUCCAAGAGAAUGCGGACGUUAAUGCAGCAGCAGGAAUAGAGAGUGGAAGAACAGCUCUCCAAGCAGCAGCGGGAGGAGGCCACCUGAUUAUUGUCGAGCGGCUGCUCCAAGAGAAUGCGGACGUUAAUGCAGCAGCAGGAAUAGAGAGUGGAAGAACAGCUCUCCAAGCAGCAGCGGGAGGAGGCUACCUGGCUAUUGUCGAGCGGCUACUCAAAGAGAAUGCGGACGUUAAUACAGCAGCAGGAACAGAAUAUGGUGGAAGGACAGCUCUCCAAGCAGCAGCGGGAGGAGGCCACCUGGCUAUUGUCGAGCGGCUGCUCCAAGAGAAUGCGGACGUUAAUGCAGCGGCAGGAACAGAAUAUGGUAGAAGAACAGCUCUCCAAGCAGCAGCAGAAGGAGGCCACCUGGCUAUUGUCGAGCGGCUACUCCAAGAGAAUGCGGACGUUAAUGCAGCAGCAGGAACAGAAUAUGGUGAAAGGACAGCUCUCCAAGCAGCAGCGGGAGGAGGCUACCUGGCUAUUGUCGAGCGGCUGCUCCAAGAGAAUGCGGACGUUAAUACAGAAUAUGGUGAAAGGACAGCUCUCCAAGCAGCAGCGGAAGGAGGCUACCUGGCUAUUGUCGAGCGGCUGCUCCAAGAGAAUGCGGACGUUAAUACAGCAGCAGGAAUAGAUAGUGGAAGGACAGCUCUCCAAGCAGCAGCGGAAGGAGGCCACCUGGCUAUUGUCGAGCGGCUACUCCAAGAGAAUGCGGACGUUAAUGCAGCAGCAGGAAUAGAGAGUGGAAGAACAGCUCUCCAAGCAGCAGCGGGAGGAGGCUACCUGGCUAUUGUCGAGCGGCUGCUCCAAGAGAAUGCGGACGUUAAUACAGCAGCAGGAAUAGAUAGUGGAAGGACAGCUCUCCAAGCAGCAGCGGGAAGAGGCCACCUGGCUAUUGUCGAGCGGCUACUCAAAGAGAAUGCGGAUGUUAAUGCAGCAGCAGGAACAGAAUAUGGUGGAAGGACAGCUCUCCAAGCACGGUAGAAGGAGGCCAUAGUAGGGUAAAAGGGUGUCUUCUUCAAGCAGGUGCUAAAAAUUACCUAUAGGUUUUUGCAAUUUAUUAUAUUUUAAAUUCUCGUUAUAACUCUCCUAGUAUUCGCACGAAAUAAAUCGCAUGACUUUAGCCAGGGCUUGCUAUUUAAUAUAGAUAACUUUAAUUAGUAACCAUUAUGUUUGAC